CCUAAUAAGUAAUAAGAGUUUGGGCAUCAACUUCUCGGCGUUUCGCACCGCCGCGUGCCGCCGUCAAUUCCGGUAUUUCCACCGGACCUGCAUUCUUCUGUAUACUAUAAAAUCACAUUAUUACAACCCCACGCAAAAUCCUCCCUCUUUCUCUCUUUCUCUCUUUCUCUGCGUGUGUAUAUAUAUGUAUAUGCAUAUACGCAUAUAAUAUAUAACACAUAUAUAUAUACACAUCUCGCCUUUUCUCUUUCUCCUAACCAACAUUUAUAUUCCAUAGCCAGAGGCAGAGGGCAUGAUCUCUCAUGUCUGUUCGCGAAACCGCAAUUAUACACAUGCUAUGUUUUCUAGAGUUUUCUUAUUCAGUUGUUGAAGAAAUUUCCUUUUUGAGCAAAGAGAAAUCCCGUUGAUCAACUUUCAGGAGAAAAAAAAAAAAAAAGAAAAACAGAAGAAACAAUGUUGUUGUGUAAAGGGUCAAUCCUAUUCACCCUUCUAACCAUUUUCCUCUUAUUUCCCUUAUCUCGUGGAGAAGAAGCAAAUCCAGAACAGAUAUCCCGUUUUUCUUAUUUCCACACACCGAUCAUUUCGGGUGAAAGUUAUAGCGAUAAAGGUGCGAUUUUUCGGGAGAGAAUACGGGUUCUUGCUGAAGGACCCAAUGGUGAGCCCCCAUUGAACUCAUCACUCAUCUUGGCCUCUAAAAGGACUUAUCGGAAAGAUCCUCUCAAUCAUUUUGAGAGAUAUACAGGAGGAUGGAACAUUAGCAAUCGCCACUACUGGGCUUCUGUGGGCUUUACUGCAGUUCCAUUCUUUUUAGUUGGUUUGAUCUGGUUUGCAGUCUUUGGACUAUGUUUAUUGUUUAUUUGUCUUUGCUACUGCUUCUGCCGAAGGGAACCUUAUGGAUAUUCUCGAAUAGCAUACGCCGUCUCUCUCAUCCUCCUCAUACUGUUCACUGUUGCUGCAAUAGUUGGGUGUAUUAUUCUGUAUUAUGGCCAGGGAAAAUUUCACAGCAGUACAGUAAACACAUUAGACUAUGUAGUACACCAGGCAAAUACAACUGCAGAUAAUCUCAGGAGUGUGUCGGGGUAUCUGGCAGCAGCCAAACAGAUCGAAGUCGAUAAAUUUCUUCUUCCUGGUAAUGUCAAAACUGACAUCGAUCACAUCCUAACCAAGAUCAACUCUUCUGCUAGUGAGCUUGCUGAUAAAACAUCAGAGAACAAAGAUGACAUAGACAAACUGAUAGAGUCUGUGAGAUUGGCUCUUAUUGUACUAUCUGCCGUUAUGCUUCUCAUGGCAUUCCUUGGAUUUUUGUUCUCAAUUUUCGGGAUGCAAUAUCUUGUGUACAUCUUGGUGGUCGUUGGAUGGAUUCUUAUUACAGCGAAUUUUAUUUUAUGUGGUAUUUUUCUUCUUCUUCACAACGUGACCGGAGAUUCUUGUGUGGCAAUGGAUCAGUGGGUCCAAAACCCAACUGCUCACACGGCUUUAGAUGACAUUCUGCCAUGUGUCGACAACGCGACUUCACAAGAGACUUUGAAGAAAAGCAAGGAAGUCACACACCAACUCUCUGAUGUUGUGAACCAGGUUAUCACCACUGUAUCUAACAAUAACUUCCCUCCAAACGCCGGUAUUUAUUACUACAAUCAAUCCGGUCCUCUGCUGCCGGUACUUUGCAAUCCCUACAACCCUAACUUGAGUGAUCGAGCAUGCAAUCCCGGAGAAGUGCACUUGAGCAAUGCAACAAAGGUGUGGAGUACCAGUGUAUGCCAAGUCUCGCCUAGCGACAUAUGCAUAACAACAGGGCGUCUGACUCCGAAAAUCUACGGCCAAAUGGCCGCCGCGGUGAAUGUGAGCUUCGGUCUGUACCAUUACGGUCAGUUCCUGGUCGAUCUGCAAGACUGCGAUUUCGUCAGAGUUACUUUCAAUGAAAUAUACACGACACACUGCCCUGGCUUGCGGCGCUACAGCCAGUGGGUUUAUGUUGGACUCGUAAUUAUGGCUGUUGCAGUCAUGCUCUCUCUCACUUUCUGGGUCAUAUAUGGAAGAGAGAGACAGCACCGCAUCUACACUAAAGAGCAUACGCCCCCGAAGGAUGGCUUUUAAAGGGAGAAAUACAUGGGAGAGUGAUAUACUGUUUGUGUGUGUGUGUGUGCAUACAUAUGAAAAUGCAGUUUUUUUUUGUAAGCUCAUUAGGCUGUUUUCUGGGUUGCGAGUUGUAACCAAAUAUAGCUUUAUCAGUAGACUGCAGCAACCGUUAGGCCACGAGAGCUGAUAGAUACAGUCAUACAGAUUGUUUAUAUCAUUAUAUGUACUUCCAAAACCUUUGUUACUUAAACAAGAAUCCAUUUUAAUACCACUCAUCCUUUAUUUA